AUGAAGUUAACGACGCAGAUCAUUUCUGAAAUCUAUGAAGGCCAAUCACUUGAAGAGCUUAAAAUUAUAGAUGUCAAAAAGAGAAAUAUUGAUGUAGUCGACGAUAUAUCAGCUUGUAAAGAAUUACGUCGUCUUAAUUUAUCUGACAAUGAUUUACAGGACGAGAAUUCGAUCACUGGAUUAAGAGACCUUGAACACUUGACGCUUUUAAAUUUAUCAAAUAAUAAGUUCAAAGAUUUUACAGGUUUUCAGCAUUUGAAAACAUUGAAUGUUUUGAAUGUCAGUCAUAAUCAAUUAGUACACAUGAGUCCACAUAUUACUCGGCUCAAGCAAUUGAAAGCUCUUAUAUUGAACCAUAACAAUUUGUUGGAGAUUGAAAAUAUCGAAACGCUACUCAAUUUGAAUACAUUGGUCAUAUCACAUAACAAAAUUGACACCGUACCCAGAUUAUCAAGCUUAGCUGAGCUUAGCAAACUUUCAGCGGCCCAUAAUCAACUACAGGAAGUUCCUGACCUAUCAUACAACUAUGCCUUAAAAGAGCUUCGAUUAAACGAUAAUAAGAUUACAACGAUACCUGAAACAUUACGAAAAUGCACUGCACUUGAAAUCAUGGAUUUUGGAAACAAUCGCAUCUCCUCUUGGAAGGAUAUUGCUCCACUGGGUUCACUGAACAAACUUCAUAAUCUCAAUUUGAAAGGAAAUCCGAUUGCUAAUAAAAAGGAUUACUUGGAAAAGAUCCUUGAUCUAGUGCCUUCUUUACGUAUAUUGGAUGGUGAACGAUUCGAUCCUAAAUUUUUAGAACGCAAAAAGAAACAGAAAGAGAACAUGAAUUUAGUUGAGAAAAAACAACGUUUGAAACGUAUAAAAUUGCAAAAGGAGAAGAAGCAACAAAAGCAGCAGCAACAACAACAAGAUGAAAAGGAUACAGAUACUAUCAUGGGCGAAGCUGAUAUUGAAGAAGUUUUGGAUAAGAAGAAUAGAAACAGGCCAAAGAAGAUGAAAGGGGAGGAUAUAACUAAGGUGAAAGCCCUGAAGCGUGCUGCUGAAGUAACAACUACAGAAGAACAUAAUCCUAAAAAGCAGAAGAAGAAGGUUGUAGAGGACAAAGAUGCAUUUUUUGCUAAACCUACCGAUACAUUGCGUGCAGAGUCAGCAACGCCUAUAGUUGUGGAUAAGUCGCAGACUAAGGCUCAAACGGGUGUGGUCGGCGUGGUCGAUAAGACUAAGCUGAAGAAAGAUAAGAAAAAGGCUUCCAAUUCCACUGACUCGACUGAUAUCGUGGCUGCUUUCGAAAAGCAAGAGAAGGAAACUGCUAAUACUGCCACCGGCCUUGACGUUGGAGGCUGGGAUUAG